AUGACAGAUAUUUACAUCAUGGACUCCUUCGAAAAAACGAUAGAACGUAAAGAAGAAAGUCCAGUAUUAAAUCAAACUACAAAUGAUCCUGGUACAAUGGCUAUCGAUACAACAAAUAUGAUUUCAACAACUCCUGGAUCUCAUCAACAUCCACCACCUUCACCUCUUAGUGGAUGUUAUCUUUUGGUUGUGCUUCCUGAGCCACAUGCCAUCCAACAUAAGCAUUUUAUUCUUGAUAAACUUGCCAAAGGAUUUUUGUCUUGGGAUAAAGAAAAUUGCCAUGUUGAUUUAGAAAAGGAAUUAGAAGCUUUAGUUGCACAAUCACCCGAAGGUGAAGAAGCUCGAAACGGGGAACGUUUGAUUCAGUAUGCAACAGAGAAUCUUGUUACUGAAAUUUUAAUUCAUCCACAAACUAAUACAUUAUUACAGUGUAUUAGAAAUCUUUUAGCAAGCUUUACAAAGCAUCGUCAUAUCAUUCACGCUGGUUAUACGUUUAGUGAAAAUGGUUCCUGGAUACUGCAGGAUGGAACCUUCAGCUUGGCUGAUUUUUUUGAUGCAUUUAAUGAGCAUGACGUGCAACGAGUACUUCGAGCUUAUGAGAAUAAUGUGACAAUUGACAUAAGCUGUGCUGGAAUUGGUGAAUGGUCUACAGAACGAUUAUCUCAAGAACCUUCUACUCGCUCAUGUAGGAUCCGUUUAAAUCCCGAAGAUAUAUUAUCAACAAGAUUACCAGCGAUUACGAGCUUUAUUAAUUAUAUAGAACAAUAUUUAGUUACACAAACAUUAGCUCAGUUAAUGCAGCCAUCUGAUGUAGUUGGUAAUAUCCGAUUCAGUCAUCCGACACUCUAUGUCUUCCCUGGCGGUCAAGGUGAUGCAGCUCUUUUCGGUAUAAAUGGCUUCAAUAUGUUAGUCGACGGUGGUUUUGCUAGAAAAUCAUGCUUUUGGGAUUUCACAAGACAUUUGGAUCGACUGGACGCUGUUCUUUUUACAAGAGUAAAUAAUAGUAAUAUCGGUGGUAUGUCCAGUUUUCUUCGUAAGAAAAAAGAGACACAAGUUUAUCCUCAAAUCGGACAUUUUUUUGGUAAUAUAUUCGAAAGCAAGCAGUUACGUUCAUCUGAUGAUAAUAAAGACGAUGAUCCCCUUAUUAUUAGCCUUAUUGAUCUUGGACAAGAACUUGUUACAAAUUUAAAACAUAUUCAUUUACGUCCCCAUCUCUGUUAUAGGAGGCAGGAUCCGAUAAAUCUGUAUCAUAAAGUUGGACAUGGCACGUUAGAUAUGUAUGUCUUGAGUCCAGUGAAAGACAGUCGAGAAGUGAAAGAUUUUUUAUCAAAAUGGACUGCUGCUGACCAUAAGCUUUUUGCUGAUUCACAUAAGAAAGACUCAAAUAAUUUUGCAUUUCCAAUUAGAAAUAUGGUAUCCAUCUGUGCUUUAAUAGUUUGGCAACCUGCUAACCCUGAAGAUACUAUUACAAGAAUUCUUUUUCCUGGAAGUACUCCACAACAUACAAUUUUUGAAGGUAUCGAACGAUUGAAGCAUCUUGAAUUUUUGAAGCAUCCAACGUGCUCUGCCAAAAAUUUAUCACCUGCUGUAUCUCUAGCUACAUUAAAGGAAAAAUCUACAAAACUUAAAAUGAACCAAAUGGACAGAGAAAUAAAGCGGACAAAUGAAACAAAAAUCACUAAACGUGAAACAUCGGAAGUUAAAGUAUCAAAAAUAGAAAGUCAAUCGCAGAAGCAAGAGACGAAAACUAAAAAAACAAGUGACUUAGAAAUUAAAAAGGUUGAUAAUACAAAAGAAUAUUCGAAAACAAUGAUUGACUUGAAAGAAUCGAAAAAAAACGAAAAAGAUAUUAAAGACAUGAAAAAAGAAUCAAAAAAAGAUUCUCAGAAAGAAAGUGAAGGAAAGAAAUUUGAAAUGAUUAAAACUAAUGAAGAAGAUAAAAAUAUCGUAAACAAAGAAUUAAAACGAAAAAUAGAACGAAAAAAACAAGACCCUAAAGAUUCGAAAGAAAUAAAGAUAACACCACCAGUAGGAAAAAUCGAAAAUAAAUCUGAAUCUACAAAUAAAAAGAUGAAAAUUUCUACAUCAAAAAAACCUCUAACUGGAUUACCCACUAAACCAGAACUUCUAAAAACAUCAAUGCCUAAAACGACCAGCAAACCUUCUGCGAAGCAAAUAUAUCCACCUGCAAAAAGUACUAAAGAUGCAAAUAAUAGAAAAGUUUUAGAACAAAAAAAUAUAGAAAAAAUAACUUCUAAGCAAAAGCCGUCUCCACCAGCUGCUCCAGCUGAAAAGAAACCUGUUAUUCGUCGCAUAAAAUCAACUUCCAGCCCCAGUAAAAAUCGGCUACCAGGAAGCCCAAUGAAAGUAGCAAAAGUUACUUCUACAGUACCUAUCAAACUAGAAAAAGAUGCUAUUCAAAAAAAACUUAAAAUUGAAACAGAAGCAGCUGAUUCAUCAACAGUAUCAACAUCAUCAGUUGUUGAUAUGGAUUCAAUGAAAUUUGUUGAUAAAUGCUUAACUGAAAAAUCUGAAGACAUGUCGCUUGAUUCUAUUGAGAAUAAAGUUCUUGCUGAUCUUAAAGAGGAACGACAAGUUGUUGAAGAAAUUGAAGCUGUGUUACAAAAAGCUGAAAGAAUAGAGAAUACUCGAGAUAAUCUUAUAAAAGAUAAGCAUGGCGUUUCAGAAGAUACCGGUAAAAAGUAUGAAGAUUUGACUGAAGAUGAUGUGACUGUAGAAAUGGAUGAAAUACCAAGAAAAUCGAUUUCUCGGAAAGCUAGUCAGGAACUUACUGAAGAAGAUGAGUAUUUAAUUAUUGAAAAAGAAGAAAUGUAUACGGAAGAUUCUGUUCAUAGUGGAGAAACAGAGCAUAAGCACUUCUUAGAUGUUGUUGAAACAGAAAAAAAUCUUGUCCAUGAUUCGUUUACUAAAGAAAUAGAGGAUCAAGAGAUCGUUAGAGAUGAUAAAGAAGAUGAUCACAAUGAUGAUGAUGAUAACUACCCUUCUGAUUAUGUUGGUAAUGAAGGUUAUAUUGAUGAUGAUGAUAAUGAUGAUGAUGAUGAUGAUAACGAUAUUGAUGAUGAAAAUGAGGAUGUUGAGGAUGUUGAGGAUGAUGGUGAUGAUGAUAAUGUAUUAAAGAAGGAUAAGGAAAACGACAAAGAUGAAAAAGAACGAGAGAAAAAUAAAGAAGACAGAAUGGAUAACGAAUACCACAAAGGCACUGAAAAAGACACUGUGAUAGAGAAAGGAAUUGUUGAAGAGCAAGAAAAAAGUGACAAAAAAAUACAUGACGAUUCUGAAAUAGAGAAAAAAGAACAGCAAAGCACAAGUAUUUCUGUUUCUAAAGAUAAAAAAUUAGAGGAAGAAAAAAUAAAAGGAGUUAUUUCAGCUACUACAGAUAUAAAUCCGAAGAAAGGUACACAUAAAGAGUUAGUUGAAACAGAUAGUGAAGUCGUAAAUAAAGAACCAUCAAGUUCAAGUCCAGAGAAAUUGAAUUUGGAAAAGAAAGCAAAAAUUGACUCUGAUUCAAAACCAGAGAUAGGAAAAGACACUCAGAUUCGAGAGAAAUUCGAAGAAUCACUAGAGAGAGUCUCAACUUUGGAAUCUGGAGCCACUACAACAGCACCGACUUUACCAGAAGAUGAGCGAAUCUCUAUUGAAGGUAUGAAACCAACUUCUUCAGAGAUUGUUAAACAAGGAAAGGCCGAGGACAUAAAAAAAAUAGAAACUUUUGCCAAAUCGAAAACCAUCCCUCUAGCUCCCAUAGAGGUUCCGGAAUUGAAAUUUACCAGUAAAGAGUUACUAACGCAGCACCCCAUUCCAGCUCUUCCAAGAGAUAUUGUGAAAACUCCUGAUGAAGUGGCUGAUUUGCCUGUACAUGAGGAAGUGGAUCCAAAACUUUAUGAGAUAGACAAUUAUGAUACAAGUAAAGAAGACAAAAAUCAAUAUACCAAAGAAUCGGUUAUUUCUUUCAAAGAACAGAAAAAUAUUCCAGAGGUUUUUAGUAAACCCACUGAUAAAUGCGAGAAAGGUAUUAAUAAAAUUAACGAAGGUACUCGGAGAGACUCUGAAAAGGAUAUUGAUGAAAAACUGUUUUCAAAAUCAGGAUCUCCAAAAAAAAGUUUUGAUGUUGAUGAAUUAUUGUCAGAAAAAAAAACUGAAAAAGAUCAUCAAUUAAUCCAUGAUGACGAACAAGUUGAUUCUAAAAAAAUAAUGGGGCCAAAAAAAGAAGAUAAAGAAAUUGAUAUACCUGAAACAAUUUUAACCAAAAAAGAGAUUACAUUAGAUACUCACUCACUACAAAUUGGUGAAGUUAAUGAGAACGUUGAAAGUGUUGAAGAUGUUGAAGCUUUGUUAGAAGAAGCAUCUAAAAAGUUUAAAACCGUAAAAGACAGUCUACGAGAUUCAUUAGAGUCAUUAGAAGAACAUAUAGUUGAAGAAGAGUUUAAAAAAACCACACUAGAACUUGAUAAUGAUAAUGAGAUAGAGGGAAAAUUGAACAAAGUAGCUGAAAAAUUGGAAGAAAUAGAGCCAAGAAAACAAAAUAUUUCAACUGAUAUGGCCGCACAAAAUAUAAAAUCAGAUGUUUUAAAAAACGAUAGUUCUGAUUAUGUUGAGCGAAGUGAUACCAUUAGCCCUGUUAAAAAUAUCAAAGAUGCUGUAAAAGAUGUAGGUGAAGUACUUGCAGGAACAGCUGGUAUAAUUAUUGAUGAUAAACCAAAAGAUGUCAUUGAUAUUGUCAAAAAAGUUGCAGAAGUACUUAAGGAAGAUAAUUUUCUUCCGGUUCAGUAUCCAGUUCAAGAUAAAUUAAAAACUGAAGUUGAAGAAGAUUUGAAUGAUAAAAUAUUAUCGCAAGAUCAUCAUAUUAAAGUACUGGAUACUUCAUCACCCAUAAGAAGUAGAAGUGAGUCAAUAACUGAAGCUAAAUUAAUGUGUGCUGAAUUAUUAAAAGAUAAUGUGGUGCCUCAUUUACAAGAAAGUGUUCUUAGUGAAGAUAUUAUAAGUUCUGACGUGGAUGUUUUAGAAGUGGGAAUUGAAAAGGUAUGUAAAAAAGUGAAUACCAAUCUGCAAAAAGAUGAUUCCCAUCAAGCCAUAAGUGACGUAGUGACUUCAGAAAUCGCAUUUGACCAUAAAAUGAUACCUACAACUGCCGAGGUAGUCUUAAUUACCCCAGAUUCAAUGCCACCAUCACCUAAGCUCUCGAUAGAACUUCAAGAAGAUACUUCUGUAACUGAAGAUGUUAGAAAUAUUAUUAAAAAUAAAGAUAAUAUUUAUGAUAUAAUUGAAGAUAUACUGUUAACUGAGAAAUCUAAGAUUUCUGAUAAAGUGUUAGAUUUUAUUUCUACUAGUAAACAAAUUUCUAAACAGGAACUUAUUGUAAUUAUAGACCAAAUUAUUUCUAAGGAAUAUCUGUUACAAAGUAAAGUAGAUGAAGCUAGUAAAAUGAGUAAAGUAGAUGAAGCUAGUAAAAUGAGUAAAGUGGAGAAAGAAAUAGCUGAUGACAUUAAAAAGCAUCAACUUGAAGAUUAUAUUCAAGAAAGUUAUCUGAACAAAAAUAUACCGAUCACUUUAGAAAUUUUAGAAGAAAUAGCUUUAAAACAUUCAUACCCAAGGUUUUUAAUAAUUGAAAUCAUUGAAAGUAUUAUUACGAUGAAAGGAAUUACGAAAUCAUCUGUAAUAAAUAUCUCUGAGAAAGCUCUAAUACAAUUAGCUCAGGAGUAUGUUCCAACACGAGAUGUAAUUAUGGAUCAGAAAAGUUCACUCGACGAUAAAGUUACAGAUGAUAUUCAAUACGAUGAGGUUGCUCAAAUACCAGAUAAAUCAGUUGUGGACAGUACCGUAUGGGAUUCCUAUGAAUCUAGCGAUGGAAUAGAUGAAAUUUUAAAAACUGUUAGAAAGGAUGAGAUUGUAAAUAAAGUCGUCAGUGAUUCUUCAAAAGAUUCAUCGGAGAGAAGCGAAAAAGGUUCACCUACUGAGGCUGUGGAUGAAAUUGAACUUAAUAAUCGUGGUAAAACUAAGUAUAGAGAUGAAAAAGAAGAAGUCAUAGAAGACAUUGAAAAAGAAGACAAAAAUUUUGAUACAGAAAGUAAUAUAAAAUUAGCUAAAUCAUCAUUGACGAGUUUAGAGACAACAGCAUCAAGUGAAGUAAUACUGACAAGUGACCUUAAAGAACAAAUUAUUUCUAGUAAAAAACAAAAAGGAGCUGAAGAUGAAAAAAUGAAUAUGGAAGCUGUUCAAGAUAAGAUGAUUUCACCAUCUAUUACACCAAGCACGAAGGAUCAUUCAGCUGAACCUGAAGUAAGCACAAAAGAUGAUGAAAAGUAUAUUCAUACCAUAGAUAAUUCACUUACAAAAACGGAUAAACCCUUCGAAUUGGAUAAUAGUGAAAUUUCAGAUAAUGAAUUAUCAUUUUCACGGAAACACUCAAUAUCAAAAGAUCAACGUGCCUUGAUUGAAGGUGAAAAAGAUAAUAAUAAAAUUUUAGAUACUCAAACUGAUGAUCUGUCAAUCAUACCGAAAGUAUUAAAGACAGAAACAGUAAGAAGUUGUGAAGUAGAUGAUGAGGAGGAUAAGAAAACGGCAGAAAGUUCAUUAGUGUAUAACGCAACAAUAAGUCUUGAUAAAAUGGGAAAUCUAGAGAAAUAUUCAGCCUCAGAAUUAGAUAUAAUUGACUCAUCGUCAUCGCAAGCGUUAAUUACACCGACUCAAAAUAAGUAUCCAGUAGACAGCGCAGAAAAUGUGCAGCAUUUGAUUGGAUCGCAUACUACACCAGCAUUGCCAGAAUCAAGCGAAAGAAUAGAACUUUACAAACAUCAGGAGGACGUCAAACCACAAACUUUUUCUAAGUCAUCAUCACCAACGUCUGACAAAAGUUUAACUGAGAAUCGUAAAGAUGAAUCAGAAGUUUCAACAAUAUCGACAGAGAUACAACCUUAUGUAGUCCCAGAGAACUUAGAAAACUUGAGUGCAACUGCAGAAAGUAAGGAUAAUAACAUUGAAUUUGUUGCUUCGCAACUAGAUACAUCUCAUCCUCAAAAAAGAAACUCGAUUGAUCAGACAAAAGAAGGUGAAAUCCAGAAAAAUAGCUUGGUAACUUCAAUAGAUGCAGCUUUCGUUGGUAUCAAAGAUACUAUAGACGGAACUGAGGAACAAAACGAAGGAACGGAACCACUGACUUUUUCAAAAUCACCAUCUGAUAAAAGUUUAUCUGAGCACGGUGAAAAUAAAAUGAAAAUUCUAACCGAGAAAGAGAGUAAGGAAGUUGACGCAUCAAUUCAUUCAAAGUCACCGUCACCAACAUCUCAUAAGAGUAUAACUGACGAUCACAAAGAUAAAACAGAAGAUCUGACAAUACCUACAAAGUCAGCCUCUUCUGCAUUCCCAGAAAAGGCAGAAAGCUCGAGUCCGAUUGCAAGAGAUAAGCAUGAUUAUUGCAUAGAAACUGCUUCACAACAAAAUUUAUCAACUGAUCAAGAAAGAAGCUUAAUCGAUAUUCAGGACACUAUUGACCAACCUAAAAAACAUAGAGAAGAGGAGAAGUCACCAAUUCUCUCAAAGUCAACAUCACCAACAUCUGAUAGAUGUGUUACCGACGAUCACAAAAAUAGAACAGAAGAUAUAGCAAAACCUUCAAAGUCCUCAUCUUUUGCAGUCCCGAAAGAAGUAGAAUGCCCAAGGCCGGUUGCUGGAGAUAAGCACGAUGAUAUUGAAGAAGCUACUUCACAAGAUAUAUCACCUGUUCAGAAAAAGAGUUCAAUCGAUCAGGGCAAAGAUAUUGAAGUUCACAGGAAAGAUUCAGUAGUUUCAAUAGACACAACUUCCGGUGAUAUUCAUGAAACUACUGACCAACCUAGAAAACAGAAAGAAGAGGAGAAGUCACCGAUUCUCUCUAAAUCAACAUCACCAACAUCUGAUAAAAGUGUUAUCGAUGAUCUCAAAGAUAAAACCGAAGAUCUGACAAUACCUACAAAGUCACCCUCUUCUGCAAUCUCAGAAAAGGCUGAAAACUUGGACCCUGUUGCAGGUGAUAAGCACGAUGAUAUCGAAGAGGCUGCUUUACAACAGAAUUCAUCAACUGUUCAGGUAAAAGGAUCAAUCGAUCAGGGCGAAGUUGAGGUUCACAGGAAAGAUUCAGUAGUUGUGAUAGAUACAGCUUCCGGUGAUAUUCAAGACACGACUGAUCAACCAAAAAAACAGAGAGAAGAGGAGAAGUCACCAAUUUUCUCAAAGUCAACAUCUCCAACAUCUGAUAAAAGUGUUAUCGACGAUCCUAAAGAUAAAGCAGAAAAUAUAGCAACGCCUACAGAAUCUUCAUCUUUUGCAGUCCCGAUAGAAGUAGAAAAUUCAAUGCCAGUUGCAGGAGAUGCGCACGAUGAUAUCGAACUUGCGGCAUCACAACAUGAUAUAUUACCUAUUCAGAAAAAAAGUUCAAUCGAUCAUAGCAAAGCUGUUGAAAUUCACAGGAAAGAUUCAGUAGCUUCAAUAGAUACAGCUUCUAGUAAUAUUCAGAACACUACUGGCCAAUCUAAAAAACAGAGAGAAGAGGAGAAGUCAUCAACUCUCUCAAAGUCAACGUCACCAACAUCUAAUAAAAGUGUUAUCGAUGAACACAAAGAUAAAACAGAAGAUAUAGCAAUGGCCACAGAAUCCUCAUCUUUUGCAGUUUCGACAGAAGUAGAAAACUCAAUACUAGUUGCAAAAAAGGAGCACGAUGAUAUCGAAAUGGCCGCAUCACAACAUAAUAUAUCACCUAUUCACAAAAAAAGUUCAAUCGAUCCGGGCGAAGAUGUUGAAGUUCACAGGAAAGAUUCAGUAGAUGAUAUAGAUAUAGCUUUCGGUGAUAUUCAGAACACUACUGACCUCCCUAAAAAGCAGAUAGGAGAGGAGAAGUCAUCGAUUUUCUCCAAGUCAACUUCACCAACAUCUGAUAAAAGUGUUACCGAUGAUCACAAAGAUAAAACAGAAGAUCCGACAAUACCUAAAAAGUCACCCUCUUCUGCAUUCUCAGAAACGGCAGCGAGCUCAAGUCCAGUUGCAGGAAGUAAGCACGAUGAUAUCAAACCUGCUUCGUCACAACAAGAUAUACCACCUACUCAGGAAAAAAGUUUAAUCGAUCAUGGUAGAGAAGUCGACGUUCAGAGAAAAAAUUCAGGUGUUGCAAUAGCUACUGCUUCAAGUGAUAUUCAGGACACUACUGACCAACCUGAAAAACAGACACCAGAAGAAAAAUCAACAAUUCUUUCAAAGUCAGCAUCACCAACAUCUGUCAAGAGUGUUACUGACGAUCACGAAGAUGAAACAGAAGAUCUGAUAAUACCUUCAAGGAUCUCAUCUUCUGCAGUCUCAAAAAAAGCAGAGGGCCCAAGGCCGGUUCCAGGAGAUAUACACGAUGAUACUGAAGAAGCUAUUUCACAAGAUAUAAUGCUUGUUCAGAAGAGAAGUUCAAUCGAUCAGGGUGAAGAUGUUGAAGUUCACCAUAAAGAUUCAGUAGUUUCAAUAGACACAACUUCCGGUGAUGUUCAUGACACUACUGAUCAACCUAAAGAACAGAAAGAAGAGGAGAAGUCACCGAUUCUCUCUAAGACAACAUCACCAACAUCUGAUAAAAGUGAUAUCGAUGAUCACAAAGAUAAAACCGAAGAUCUGACAAUACCUACAAAGUCACCCUCUUUUGCAUUCUCAGAAAAGGCAGAAAGCGCCAGCCCGGUCGCAGGUGACGAGCACGAUGAUACCGACGAGGCUGCUUUACAACAAAAUUUGUCUUCCGGUGAUAAUCAAGACACUAAUGAUCAACCUAAAAAACAGAGAGAAGAGAAGAAGUCACCAAUUCUCUCAAAGUCAGCAUCACCAACAUCUGAUAAAAGUGUUUCCGACGAUCACAAAGAUAAAGAAGAAGAUAUAGCGAUUCCUUCAGAGUUCUCAUUUUUUGCAGUCCCAAAAGUGAUCGAAAGUCUAAGGCCGGUUGCAGCAGAUAAACACGAUGAUAUUGAAGAAGCUACUUCACAAGAAAUCUCACCUAUUCAGAAAAAAAGUUCAAUCGAUCAGGGCAGAGAUGUUGAAGUUCAGAGGAAAGAUUCAGUAGUUUCAAUAGACACAACUUCCGGUGAUAUUCAUGACACUACUGACCAACCUAGAAAACAGAAAGAAGAGGAGAAGUCACCGAUUCUCUCUAAAUCAACAUCACCAACAUCUGAUAAAAGUGUUAUCGAUGAUCACAAAGAUAAGACCGAAGAUCUGACAAUACCUACAAAGUCACCCUCCCCUGCAUUCUCAGAAAAGGUAGAAAGCUCAAGCCUGGUCGCAGAUGAUGAGCACGAUGAUAUCGAGAAGGCUGCUUUACAACAGAAUUUAUCUUCCGGUGAUAUUCAAGACACUACUGAUCAAACUAAAAAACAGAAAGAAGAGGAGAAGUCACCGAUUCUCUCUAAGUCAACAUCACCAACAUCUGAUAAAAGUGUUAUCGAUGAUCACAAAGAUAAAACGGAAGAUCUGACAAUACCUACAAAGUCACCCUCUGCAUUCUCAGAAAAGGUAGAAAGCUCAAGCCUGGUCGCAGGUGAUGAGCACGAUGAUAUCGAGAAGGCUGCUUUACAACAAAAUUUAUCUUCCGGUGAUAUUCAAGAUACUACUGAUCAACCUAAAAAACAGAGAGAAGAGGAGAAGUCACCAAUUAUCUCAAAGUCAACAUCACCAACAUCUGAUAAAAGUGCUACCGACGAUCGCAAAGAUGAAGCAGAAAAUAUAGCAACGCCUACAGAGUCCUCAUCUUUUGCAGUCCUGAAAGAAAUAGAAAGUUCAAUACCAGUGGCAGGAGAUCAGCACGAUGAUAUCGAACUUGCUGCAUCACAGCAUGAUAUAUCACCUAUUCAGAAAAAAAGUUCAAUCGAUCAGGGCAAAGUUAUUGAAGUUCAGAGACAAGAUUCAGGUGUUGCGAUAGACACAGCUUUUAGUGAUAUUCAGGAUACUACUGACCAACCUAAAAAACAGAGAGAAGAGGAGAAGUCACCAAUUCUCUCAAAGUCAACAUCACCAACAUCUGAUAGAAGUGUCUCCGACGAUCACAAAGAUAGAACAGAAGAUAUAGAAAAACCUUUAGAGUCCUCAUCAUUUGCAGUUCCGACAGAAGUAGAAAGCUCAAUAUCAGUUGCAGAUGAGGAGCACGAUGAUAUCGAACUUGCUGCAUCACAACAUGAUAUAUUACCUAUUCAGAAAAAAAGUUCAAUUGAUCAGGGCCAAGCUGUUGAAGUUUACAGGAAAGAUUCAGUAGCUUCAAUAGAUACAGCUUCCAGUCAUAUUCAGAACACUUCUGAUCAAGCUAAAAAACAGAGAGAAGAGAAAAAGUCACCAAUUCUCUCAAAGUCUGCAUCACCAACAUCUGAUAAAAGUGUUACCGAUGGUCACAAAAAUAACACAGAAGAUCUGACUAUACCUAAGAAGUCACCGUCUUCUGCAUUAUCAGAAAUGGUAGAAAGCUCAAGCCUGGUUGCAGGUGACGAGCAUGAUGAUAUCGAAGGGGCUGCUCUACAACAAAAUUUAUCAACUGUUCAGGUAAGAGGAUCAAUCGAUCAGGGCGAAGAAGUUGAAGUUCACAGGAAAGAGUCACUAGUUGCAAUAGAUACAGCUUUCGUUGAUAUUCAAGACACUACUGAUCAACCUAAAGAACAGAAAAAAGAGGAGAACUCACCAAUUCUUAUAAAGUCACCAUCAUCAACAUCUGAAAAGAUUGGUACUGAGCGACGUGUUGAUGAAGCAGAAGAUCUGGCAGUACCUACAAAAUUCUCAUCUCUUGCAGUCUUACAAAAGGCAGAAAGUUCAAGCCUGGUUGCAGGUGAUGAACACGAUGAUAUCGAAGAGGCUGCUUUACAACAAAAUUUAUCAACUGUUCAGGUAAGAAGAUCAAUCGAUCAGGGCGAAGAAGUUGAAGUUCACAGAAAAGAUUCCGUAGUAGCAAUAGAUACAGCUUCCGGUGAUAUUCAUGACACUACUGAUCAAUUUAAAAAACAGAGGGAAGAGGAGAAGUCACCAAUUCUCUCAAAGUCACCAUCACCAACAUCUGAAAAGAUUAUUACUGAGCGACGUGUUGAUGAAGCAGAAGAUCUGGCAACACCUACAAAAUUCUCAUUUUCUGCCGUCCCAGAAAAGGCAGAGAGCUCAAGUCCGGUUGCAGGAGGUAAGCAUGAUGAUAUCAAAAUUGCUGCUCUACAACAAGAUAUGUCACUUACUCAGAAAAGAAGUUCAAUCGAUUGUGACAAAGAAAUUGAAGUUCAGAGAAAAGAUUCAGUUGUUGCUCUAGAUACAGGUAUCACUCAGGUUAAGGAUACUACUAAACACUUUGAGAUACAGAAGAAAGAAGUGAAACUACCAACUUCUUCUAAGUCUCCAUCUCCAACAUCUGAUAAAAGAUUUACUGAAUCUCGUAAAGAUAAACCAGACUAUCUACCAAUACCUACAAAGUUACAACCUUUUGCAGAGUCAGAAUCGGCCUCGAGUGUGAUUGCAGUCGUUAAGCACGAUGACAUCAAGACUGCUUUACAACAAGAUUUAACAUUUACUGAGAGAAAAAUAUCAACUGACGAGGGCAAAGAAAGAGACAUUCAGGAAGAAUUGCUACGAUCUGACAGAACAUUCGCUGAAUCCAGUGCAGAUGCAUCGCAGAGUCUAAAAUCACCCGUACUCGCACAGUCUUUAUCAAUUCUAGAUAAAAUGAGUCGUUCGGAACAGAUUGUAGAAGAUAAGGAUAUUCAUAAAGAAAGUACAGUGGAUCAGAAAGAUGAUAUGAAAUUCUCUCAAAAAGAAUUCACGUAUUCAUGUGAAACAAUUACUCGGGAAUCUGAACCUACAACUGAACAAAUCGAAGACCUGAAUGAGACAGAAAAACUAAGUAGUCUUUCAAUGCCAUCAUCACCAAAGUCUGAUAAAACUUCAGCUGUACAUAAUGAAGAUGAAACGAAAGUACUUAAAUUACCGGUAACACCAGUAUCUUCAGUCGUUUCCGAAAAAGCAACAAUCUUUUCGGACAUGUCGGGCGGACAAAGUCCGGUUGCUUGCGAUAUGGAUGAUAACAUAGGAAUAAUUACACCGCAACAAGAUUUAAUGAUUUCUCAUAAAGAUAAGUUAAUUGAUGAAAAAGAAGAGCAAAACAUCAAUGUUAAGGAACUUAUUUCACCAAUAAAUACAACCGUAAGUGAUAUUCAAAGUUCUAUCGAUCAUACGGACGGUAACUGUGAAGAAGAAAAACCAAAGAGUCCUUUGAUGUCGGCAUCAUUAAGCGGUGAUGAAUGUUCAACUGAUCAUGGUGGUCAUGAAACGAAAGAUCCAAAAUUAGCUAUUACAACAUCAGAUCAGACGAAGAGUAUCGAUGAAAAACAAGCGGAACAAAGUCAUGGCAAAGAAUUUGAAUCUCCCAUCAUCUCUCAGGAAAGGAGAAGGUCUAUAGAUCAAUUAGAAUCUUGUGGUGAUGAUAGAUCUAUUACUUCAAAAAUAUCAAUAUCACCGUGUUCUGAUAUAAGCAUAGCUGAAGGAAGUGAAAUUGAUUCAAAAGAUGUUAAAUUAUCUUCAUCAUUACAAUCUUUAGUAGAAUUAAAUGAUUCAAGAAGCUCAAGUCAAAAAGACGAUCUUACAUACAAUCAGGACCAGAAAGAGCAAUAUGACGAAAAAUCAUCAUCUUCGAAAUCACUAAUAUCAAAUGAAAAGAGUAGCUCCACUUGUCCAAAAGAAGAUCAAAUUCAGAAAAUUGAAUCCACACAUUUGUCAGUGUUGCUGAGGGGUACUGAAGUUAUAGCUAAUGAAAAAAAAGAUGAUUCAAGAGACCACAAAUCAAUUACGGCUUUAGAAUCUUUAAUUGCACCAGAGCAUGAAGAAUUCGAGAGUAAACUCAUGACGGAGUUACUUGAUGACGCUGAUAGUACAAAAUUACCAACGUCUAAGAAAGUGAGUCAAGGCGAAAUUCCAGUGGAUAAUAAUAUUAUAGAAGAAGAACAACUAUCUGCUUAUAAACCGGUAUCGCUCAGUGUAAUCGCAUCGAGUAAAGAAAUGAAAAAUUUGGAUCAAAAUUUAGAAGACGACGAAGAUACAAUUCAAACUGAACCAGCCGAAGAUGACAGUUUCGUUGAUCAAACUGAUGACUGUGUCAAUCUGAAAAUAGAAACUGGAUCGAAGCCGAUGUCAUCGAAUUCUGAUCAAACUGUAGAUAAAGGUCAAGAAAAUCAGUCAGAUGAUUUAAAGUCAUCUUCAGCAACACAGUCGUCAAUAUUGAUAGAAGAUAAGAGGAAUUUAAUUGAAGAAGUUAAGGAUGACAAAUAUACCAUUGAUGAAGAUAUCAUAAUAGGUCAAAAAGAAAAAGUAGAGGAAGUAAGCUUAUUUUUAACACCUGAAACGUCAGUAUCAUCAGAUAAACCACAAAAUCUAAGUGCGAAUGUUGAUGUUCAAGAUACUGUUAAAAUUAUAGUAUCAUCAAAAGAUAGCCCAGUUGAAAGAGACAAUUUGUUGGACAGAGAAGAUAAGUUACACCAUGAUGGAGAUCAUAUACCUCCAACAUCACCAGUAACUAGUCAGCAACUUAUUUUAACUGAUCGAAUCCUCGAAAAAGAGGGCAAAGAAAAAGUAAUUACUUCAUCAUCACCACAGAAAGAACUUUCAGAUAAAUCAAAAAAUCUAACAGACGAUGGAGAUGAAGAGUUUGAUAGUCACUACGAAAUUGAAACGCCAUCAGAAGUGUUAAAGACUGUGGAUUUAUUGAAAAACAAAUCAGAUAAGGACGAAAUGUCGAAAACAUCAAAAACAACAAUUGUAGAUACAAAGCAUUUCACCGAAAAAAUUAUUGAAAGUGGUGAAGAUUCUGAACCUAGUCAAUCCAAACGUGCAUAUGACGACGAAGAUGAGUUGGCUUCAGUUUGUUCAAAAAAUGUUGAUGAAAGCUUAGCAGAUGUUAAUAAAUCAAACAUAAAGCUUGAUGAAUUUAAUGAUGAAAGAAAAUAUACAUUGACACAAAAAAAUGAUAUUGAAAACUAUAUAAUGAGUGAAUAUGUGAUAAAAGGCCGAAAAAUUGUUAGUGAUAAUCUUGAAGAGAUUGUUAAUCUUUAUGAUGUGUCAAAAGACAUUGUAGUUGAAAUAAUUGAAGAAAUUUGUAAUAAAAAAAAUAUUGAAAUGGAAUUUAUUUUUCACAAAGAUGAAAAUAUAAAGCUUAAUACUGAAUAUUUGGUAACAAAGAAAGAAAUUCAACCGACUGAUUUAAUUACGGACAAAAAAGUAGAUGUAGAAAAUAGUGAAUUUUUAAUCAAGAAUAAGGAACAAGAAGAAAUGUUAAAGAAAAAAUAUGAAUUUUAUGAUGAAAAGGAAAAAAGUUCCAUAACUGAAAAAAAAAUAAUGGAAGUAGAGUCCAAAAUUCAAGACAAAUAUAUAAACGAGAAUAAUAAAAUUUCUUGGUCUGAUCUUGAUGAAAUGGAAAAAACUUUAUCCGUACCUAGGUAUAUAUUAAUUGAAAUGAUUGAAAAGUUAAUAAUAAAAAUGCAUUUAUCGCGAAAGACUAUUUAUGAUCAAAUUAUUUUGGAUGAAAGUCAUGACGGAAAUGAACUUUUCGAUCGACGAUCUAGCAAGCCAGCAACUGAAUGUGAAUCUUUUGAAUGUUCAACGUCGCAAAUCUUAGACCAUGACAAUAAAUAUGAAAGUCAAUUUCAAAUGUCCUUCCCUAGUACAAUAACAGAAAUGCGCACAACUCAUAUAACUACUUUUAGUGAACAGUCCGCUGAUGAUUUACAAUCCGAUCCAAAUCAUUUUCUAGACUCCGCUGAAUCUUCAAGGUUAACGGCAACAUCUUUAGAUACAAAAAAUAUCGAAGAAAACAUUAUUAGUGAUAGAGAUGUGGAAAGAGAAACAGCAAAAAAAAAGGAUAUUUCAGUUAAAGGCGAAACUAAAACUGUUGGAGAGAUGCCAGAAUAUGACGUUAUUAUCAAAAGAACAGGUAUAAAGAGUAGCUUAGUUGAACCAGAGAUCAAAAAUGAAGAUGAAAGUAAGACUGCAGUUACUCAUAAAGAAUCAGCAUUGGAAAGAAAAGAAAAAUAUGAGACUGAUGAAAUAAAACCGAUAGAGUCAAGAGAAAAAGUACACAGUUAUAAAAGCCAUCUAGGUAUGAUAACUUCGGAAGAAAAAUCAGGGAGAUCAACUCCUGAAAGAAGAGAUGGAUUCGAUAGUUGUUCUAGAACAGCAACCCCAGAAGGUUUUCGUUCUGAAGAAGUUAUAAGAACCACAAUAACCACAACUAGAACAAUAUCCAAUGAAGGGGAAAUCGUUACAACUACUAAAGAAGUAACAGAAACGACAAAUGAACAUGGUGAAACAAUUGUUUUAGCAGAAAAAGUAGAUGUUAUGGUAGCAGACCAAGGGUCAUCGUUGACUAAAUUAGCUUCAGUUGAAACCGAUCAAUCAUCAGAAAUCCAAAAGUCGGAUUCGUCCUGUUUAGGUUUACAAACCUCUUCGAGUGAUUCUCAUGAUAAUAAUGAUCAACUUUCAACUCAUGUUUGGCCUAAGUGUGAAGAGACGACUCCUAAACCUGAAACAAUUGAGACUUCAUCGUCAAUUUCAUCUCAAGUUUAUCAUUGUGAAAUGCAAAGUAAGCCUGUUGAAUUUUCUGCAGCUGAUAUGAGUAGUAGUUUUUACGGCCAGUUACCAUCUAUACCACCUUGUCAUGAAAUGGAAUCAUCUAUCACGCUUGUUAGUUCGAAUGACGGUGAUGAUUUUACAUUUAAAAAAGUAACUACAUAUGAUGUCCUAAGUGACGACAUGCAAUUACAUCAAACUACAAAUAUUGAAAAAGAUGAUGAAUCUCGAAAAGUAUACGAAGCUGACGAAGAAAAAAGUAGUGAAGCAGCUAAGGAUCCAUUAAAAGAUUGGGGUAAACCAAUGAAGUUACCACCCCCUGAACGACCAGAUAGAUUCAAUUUUGGAAAUAACACAUUAAACCGCAGUAUUAACAUUCCAUCGAAUUCAUCUGAUUUCGACAUACUUUAUGAUUGGGGAAAACCUAUGGAAUUACCUUCACCUGCUUUUGGUGGUACCGAAUCCUCUGAUAAGACAUCGUCAUUAACACCACGAAAAGAUAAUAAACAGUCUAAAAAAAUCAUCUCAGAAAACUUGAAAAAUAAAAAGCACUCAGAAAGUCCUAGCAAAAGUAACAAAAAAUCUAAAGAAAUCAACAAUAAGAUUCAACCAAUUUAUUUAGAUCUGACUUUCGUUCCUCAUCAUGGAAAUUCUUAUUACACCUCAUUCGAAUUUUUCAAGCAAAUACGGGCAAGAUAUUACGUUUUUAGUGGGACAGAACCAAGUCGUGAUGUAUAUGAUGCAUUACUGAAUGCUAAGAAGACUUGGGAAAAUAAGGACCUUGAAGUGACGAUUAUUCCCACCUACGAUACUGAUACUUUAGGUUAUUGGGUAGCUGAUAAUGAAGAAGCACUUGCAGAAAACCAUAUUGAUCUUUCUCCAUCCGCUUCACGGUGUACAAUCAAUCUUCAGGAUCACGAAACAAGCUGUAGCGCUUAUCGACUUGAAUUUUAA